CUCCCUGCUGCUGCUGCUGCCGCCCCUGUUACCGAUUCCUGAAUCGCAGCAGCAAAAGCAAGGAUUUUUUUCCCUCUCCUCCUCUCCGGGAAUCGCCCCGAUGGGCUCGCUGAUCUCCUGUCUCUCUGACCCCUGCCCCUCGGCGUCCCCGCCGCAGUCGGCGAAGCGGCGCUCGUCCACCUCCUCCCGCGGCCGCGGUGGGCGCGAGGCAUCCAAGUCCGUGUCCAUCGACGAGGAGGCGCUGGCUGCGGCGGCGGCGCUCGUGCUGGGGCAGCGGGGCGCUGACGGCGGCGGCGGCCUGGGGGCGUUCGAGCGGUCGGCGUCGGUGCGGUACGCCGCGAAGCGGCAGAGCCAGGCCCCACCGCUGCCCCGGAGCUGCAGCACUCGCCCGCGGUCGCUCGCCGACCCCGAGCUCCAGCCGCAGCAGCUCCUCGCCAAGGAUUUGAAUACUAAGGAUUUGGAAACCAACAUCAUUGUUCUUGUUCAUGGAGGUGGUUUUGGUGCUUGGUGUUGGUACAAGACUAUAUCACUUCUUGAAGCUAGUGGGUUCAAAGUUAAUGCCAUCGACUUAACAGGCUCUGGGAUUCAUUCUUAUGACACGAACAAGAUUGUCAGUCUUUCAGAGUAUACUGAACCACUUACAUCUUACCUUAAAGGCCUAGGUGACGCUGAAAAGGUGAUUUUGGUCGGACAUGACCUCGGUGGCACUUGUGUAUCCUAUGCCAUGGAGAUGUUCCCAUCGAAAGUUGCCAAGGCCAUCUUCCUGUGCGCAGCAAUGCUGACAAACGGGCAUAGUGCUCUUGAUAUGUUCCAACAGCAGAUGGACACAAAUGGCACACUCCAAAGGGCUCAGGAAUUCGUCUACUCCAAUGGCAAGGACCGGCCUCCGACCGCCAUCAACAUCAAUAAGGCGUUGCUGAGAGACUUGGUGUUCAACCAAAGCCCUUCCAAGGACGUGUCACUGGCCUCGGUGUCCAUGAGGCCCAUCCCCUUCGCCCCGGUGCUGGAGAAGCUCGUGUUAACAGCCGAGAACUACGGCUCUGUGCGGCGGUUCUACGUGGAGACCACGGAGGACAACGCGAUCCCUCUCGCUCUGCAGCAGAACAUAUGCGGCGCCAACCCGCCGGAGAAGGUGCUGCGGCUGAAAGGGGCGGACCACGCACCCUUCUUCUCCAAGCCGCAGGCGCUGCACAAAACCCUGGUGGAGAUAGCGGCCAUGCCGCCGGUCCAGGCAUCGUGACACCGCGUUGGGCGUUUCCCUCAGGUUUUGCCGGCCGGCGGUGAGCUUGCAUGGCCGCUGUCCUGUACAUGCUGAGGAUGGUAUGGGUUUGGAGGUCGUUGUUAUUUAUUAUACAGGAUGUUGUCGCGGUGUGGCAGCUGGGGUAGGGGCUGUGGAAUUUCACCAUCAUCUCGACGAUGGCAUCCUUCCAUGUUGGGUCACUAUCACUACUGAUGCCCGUUUAGAACAAGUUCACGAGAUUUCUGUGAAAGGUGUACCGCUUUAUGUGAAAUUUCACAUUUCAAAUAGUGUUAUUUGGUCACUCAUGUUUAAUUUUUUUUUUCUCUAAAUCUGACACUUAGAAUCAGAGUAGGAUUUUGAUACCGGUGGUGGACUUCGAGUUCUAUUUUAUGUGUCUAUUUUUUUUUACCAA